AUGACCCGACCUUGCCCGUGGACCGUGGUCCUACUGGCGUGUUUUUGUUCAGCUAUCGGUGCCCGCGCCGGAAUAAUGUCCGCGUACGACAAAAAGUUGGAUUUGCUUUCGACCAUCAUCAAGCAAGACUAUCUGUGGAGGAAUUUAUUUCUCGAGAGCGUCUACUACAAGCUGGACCGGACGUAUUAUGGGCGCAUCAUCGACGAAGAGCUUAUGAAAAACGCGAGAUACGAGCCGUCCACCACGGAUGAGGUGCAGGCGGCACCGGUCGGUGUAGAAGAUACGUCUGGUGCAGGAGAGGCGUCCGGCGGAGGAGAGGCGUCCGGCGGAGGAGAGGUGUCCAGUAGCACGCCACCAAAGGGUAAUACCUGGGACCUCAUUAUACCGUACAAGUUUGUCAGAAACAUAAUAUUAAAGCGGUUCGUGGUGGGAAGUAUACUGGACAUGGGCCUGAAUGUACUGAUGUUAUCGUUCAAGUGUUUGCUGUAUAAGCACAUGGUGCACCUCAUAACCCUGAUUCGAGUGGAGAUGAAACGUAAUAAGUCGCAGAGGAAGGCAGCUAGCUGGUCAGGAAAAUCCAAGGAUGUCAUCGAGUCGGUAUUGAUGACGAUGGGUGCGCUCCAGUUCACGGAUAUACACGUGCUAGAAACCCUCAGUUUCUUCGAUAUAUACAAGACGAAUGGCCACACUAUGGUGGAUGAUGUCAAGAACGAGUACUCCAGGCAGCUGUCUGAGAGGUCCGAUAAAAUGCUGGAUUACGUGAAGGACGUCUGCGUCGUGAAACCCAAAGAAGAAGAUGAUAAAUCUAUGGAGGAGCAGGUGGCGGAUAUGAUAAAAGUAUACAAGGUGGAUCUCCUGUACAAUACUGGUGCGUCUUUCGCGGACACCCCCAAUUACAAGAAAAUGAUAAAAAGCAGCCGCGCAAUGUUCGAGGUCGUUUUCGGUGAUUCACCGAGGGUCCACGGCAUGUCCAAGUUCAUGUGGUACGACAUAUUACAUUUCCAAGAGAACUCAAAACUAAAAUCAGAGUUAUAA